GUUGGCAACAUAUUGUGCUGUGCUUUCGUUAUUGUAACGUGCUUCGCUGGAACUCUGUCGUAUCGGGGGAAGAAUUAACUAGUAGCGAUCUCGCUGAGUUAUAGAGCUUGUACGGCGCGGUAUCGAGUCUUUUAGAAGUAGUAUCGGACUUUUUCGCUUGUGUUUAACGCUGUCACCCAGUGUUUGAACAACCGAAAAGACUGCGGACGAAGUCAGACGUAUUUUAUCAGAAACUGUAUCACAGUAACAAUAAGAUAUCGUUGGCUACUUGAACGGUAUUUGUUCAAAUCGGUCAUUGUUUAAGAUACGCGCGUAUCUUAUUACACCGAGUUAGUGAUCCCGUAAAAAGUGAGCGAGUGAUUUGCGGAUUAUAUUUCAUUGGCAGCUACUGUAUAUUUGGGAUAUAUCAUAAUUGUUUGAACUAUAUUAUAAUUAAUUCACAGGGAAAUUUGAGAUAUCGCAAAAUUUGUAACAAUACAAAAGUGCAGACAAAUUAGAACACCAGCAGUAGGUCAGAUUUCGGAAAAGCAAUAUUUAAAAGGAUACUUGUACAGAAUUGUCAAAGAGGUAAUAAGUAAAUAAAGAAAUACAAUGGAGAAGAUUGCAUUGCUAGUACUCGGAGCCUUGGUGGCGGUUUGCCAUGGGUGCACGAUAGAUCUACCCUGGUACGCGCGCGGCACAAAAGAAGUGGAUGAAUCCCGCGUCCACUUUUCGGAGUUCGUGGUGUUUGGGUCCAUCACGAAGAACGCGACCGAGGCGCUCAUGUACAAGGACCUGAAGGGAAUCUUUACUGUGGAGUUUGAGAGCCUGUGCUCGUACAAGGGCGGACCAGUCGAGUCUACGAUCUUCAUCACCGGCAUGGGAAACAUGGAGAACAAAGCCAUCCCAGAAUGCCCGGCUGUGGAACCAAAAAUUGGUGAACAGUGUAUUAUGUUCCUCAAGAGUACCCCACACACCAAUUCUCACAAUCUGUAUGAGAUCGAAUUUAAACCUCGCUGUGGGGAAAUAGGAAUUAUACUCGAUGACUUGUCAAUGAUUUGCGGUCUAGAGCUCCACUACUCGACUGAUGUGAAUGAAUGCGAGGAUUUUCAACCAAUGUCAAUGAGUGAAAAUUGUUUACAGUUUGCACCUCCCACCAGUACCCAAGCACCUGUUGUCGUCACAAAUGAAAAGAAUGAGAGCACCUACAAAACAAUAACUGGAGAACCACCUAAGGUUGACAACAAUAACAAAAGUUCCCACGGUGAGGAAAACACAGAAGAAACUGCAGAAAAGCCGAGUUCUGUCUCUGGAAGCAAAAUCCAAACCGUUGAGUCUAAGAAUCCAACAGGAACUGCAGCUAGUUGCUCCACCUCUAGUCUCUUAGGGUUCCUAGCAUUAAUCGUAGCUCUUCUAGUGUAAAUGUAAGAAAAUAUUAAAUUAAUCAAUUCCAGACAUUAUUUUGUUGUUAACACAAAAUUAUAAAUGGUAAUAUUCCUUCUCUGGUCAUUAUAUAUAUUUAUAACAAGCAAUUCGCAAACCAAGACAACCAUGAACGCUUCACUGAUCAUUCCUUGAUGGGUUGUUGUGAUAUUCCACGAGAGGAAAGGAGGAUGAGGCAGACAUCAAACACUGUCAUGUGUGACGGUAUGCUGUCACAAGGUCAUUAGUCUGUCAUGUGACAAGACAUGCAGCAGUGCCACUACCGAUUCAUGCUACGUCUUGAGAUGUAAUGAUCAGACCUACCUCUAAUUUUAAAGCUGAUUAUGUAAUAUUUUAAAUAGUUGAUAUAAGGAGGCUUCUUGGAUGUGUUGUAACCUGCUUAGAGAUUUUCAUCAUAAAUUACAUUCUACAAACCAUUUUACACUAAAAAACUUGCUGUUGCAUAACUAUACAUCAUUGCAGUGAAGAAUAUACUCAUUUUCUGACAGCUGGUAAAAGAAAAAAAGCAGAAAAACUUAAAUUGUAAAAAUGCAGUAUUGAAUGGAGUCAACUCUGAUGAUGCAUACACAAAACCAGGGGCAUCGUUAUUAUUAUAUGCAAUAACAUCUUUCAGUAUCAUUGAUUUUUUUGGUUAAAGCUUAGUCAAAAUAAGCUCAUUAAGUAAAUAAUGCAGUCUUGGAUGCAGUCAACUUUGAUGAUGCUUACAUGAAACCAGGGACAUCGUAAAUAUGAUAUAAAUUACAUCUUUCAACAUCGGAGAUUGUUUUGCUUAAAAAGUUCCUGUAACAUUACCUCAUAAGAAAUGGAUCAGGACUUCUUUCCUCAAAGUGACAAACCAGUCAGGAAAAUAAACGUUAUCGGACCAAAGUCAAAAGAUCAGGAAUGGUGGUCACUAUAAUGCAAGGAGGCCCCAGGAGGCCUGUACAAUCUCUUAUACUAUGCUGCACAUUUUAGCAUGUGCAUUUGAUGAUAAAAUGAUGAUAUAUCACGGAUACAUAUUACAGUUAGCAUAUUUAUGUAAUCUAAUAGACAAGCAAAUCAAUCAGAUGAUACUGUGACAACUAGGUAAAUAUUUGGAUUGUAACAUUUGCAACAAAGGUAACACACCAUUUAACCCGAGUGUGUACUCAAACAAAAUAAUGCCAAGAGACUUGGCUUGCUCAAGUCUUUUUUUAACCUAAAAAACUGACCUUUAAUGACAGGCAAAACAGUUAAUGCUUUAAAAGGAUUGUUGAACAUGAAAAGGACAGUUAAAUUUUGUUGUUAUGCAUUUUGUGCUGUGAUGGUAGUCUGCCUUAUAAAUGCAUGUAGAUGUCUUUAAGUAUGCCCAGUGUUAAAAUACUACCUGCCUCAUUGUUCCUUUUAUUAUACACAACAUGCAUUUGACAAUGCAAACUAAAAAGUUUGAUUUAACAAAAAUAACGGGAGAUCAUGAUUUGUAAAAAGGGGUCAGUAAUAAAAAGUUAUAACCAUUUACAGUUGAAAAAAUAUCAAUACAAAUCCGGCACCAUAUCCUGGUGAAUAGCAGACAUUAUCACAUCAAAGUAAUUUAACAGUUGCACUGCAGAAUCUUAAAUAAGCACUAUGAAACUAUUGCUUUGUUAAGGAAUUGUUAAGUUGUUCUUUUGCCGUAAAUCUAAACCCUAAACAAAACUGUCCACAAUCUUUCUUUUACUUGUCUUUUUCCAAUAUGUGCCGCUUGUAUUCUCGUACUUUUAUUUUGCUGGUAAAAACUCCAGUUUUAUGGGUAGAAUGUUUGUGCAAUAAUCCAUUUAUUCAUUAGACAAAAUUUGUCGCAAACUUGUGUUUUUUUUACUAAAUUUGUGUAAAUUAUAAAUGUUUAAAUAUAGCUGAUUACUCUUUUCCUCAUUGAUUUCUAUAAUAAUUUAUAAGGGCUUUAUCAUUUUACUGUAAAAUUAAAAGGUUUAUUCAAGAGUUUAUGAAUAAAUAAUGAAAUAAAAAUUGUACUUUUUUGUAUGAUUUUUUUUUAACUUAUGCCUUUAUUUUGUGAAAAUAUUUUUAUUGUCAGUGCUACGCCUGUGUGAAUGAAGAGGUCUUGUGUUGACUUCAUUAAAGUCAUUUUGAGAUUGCAUGUAUUUUCAUGUAAAUAGUUAUGAAAUAAGCUUAAGCCUUAAGUACUUUGUAUACUAUAUAAAUGUGUUGUAUUGCUCUUGUUUUAUGUCUUAUGUCUAUAUGUAUAUUGUGCCCAUAUGUGCUAACUUCGCCUUUAAUAAUUAAAUUCUCUCACAUCUGUAACAAUACAAAAUUUUAUAUUUUUGUUGCUUCAAAUAACUUUUAAAAACAAAUGCUUAAACAAACAGAAACUUAAUGUGGAAAAUGGGGUUAAGCAAUUCAAAACAUUUCCAAAACAAUCCAAUAACGGAGAAUUAUAUUAUAUGGUAUGCCAUUAUUAAGUAAAUUAACAUGUAUAUAUUUUAUGCUUUCCAAUGGUUUAUAGAGAAAUAGCAUUGAAUUAAAAUUGAUAAUUCUCUGUUAAAAACAGUGAAAAUAAACAGUGAAAAUUAUCAAUAAUUUCAUUGCUUGACCAAAACUAUUUUUGGAUAUGUUUGGUUUCCCCGUUGUGACUUCCAAUUUUACCAAGGGCGACUACUCUUCAAUGUUUCUUACAACAUACAUAUUAGCUUCCCUUGUACAUACAUGUAUUGACAUGUGGGGCACCUAACAGUGAAUGAGAUUGGCCAGAAUGGCAAAAAUACAAAAAUAAUCAUUUCUAAGCAUAAAAUAGAAAGACAACAUGUUAGAUUUGGUGGAAUAUCAAUUUUAAUUCACUUGUGAUCAUAUGACAAAAAUAUUUUCACAAGUGGCAAAGCCACUCGUGAAAAUAUUUAUUUCUGUGAUCACUCGUGAAUUAAAACUGAUGUUGCACCAAAUCCAACAAAUAUCUUCUAUAUAUUCACCAAUUCGGAUUAAAGAUGACAUGCAACAGAGUAUUAGUUACUCUUCAUACUUUUCAGUACAAGAUGCUCACACAUAUUACUUGUUCACACAUAAGCACUACAUGUACAUUUGAGUCUAUUAUGUAAAGUUGGAAUACAACAUUAAUUCUAGAAUGAUCUGUUUCAGCUUCAUUUGCUUGGUUUUGACCUUGCAAAUGUCAGUGGUCAUAAAAACAAUGAUUAAAGCCAUACAUUCUAGAGUUAUCAAUAAAAAAUUGAUGGACCUUUGCUCCUGCAACUCAAGGGCAAACCCCAUUUGCUCAUGCACCGCAUGGGCAAACCCCCUUUGCACAUACACAUGCCGUGUAUGAGCAAAGGGGGUUUGCCCAUGCGGUGUAUGAGCAAAGGAGGCUUGCCAAUACGGUGCUGAACAGUCCAUUCUUGAAUUAAUGUCGUAUUCCAACUUUACAUAAUAGACUAAUUGUUGUUUUUUUACACAAAAUGUGAAUGAUUCAGUGGUUCAAAGUUGAGAAUAUUGUAUCUCCUCCCAAUGUUUAUAUGGAAUACAACAGUUUUGCAUCUCGUCCCACAAUAUUGAAUUGUGUACAUUUUUGUACAUAAUUAAAUGCAUUCUAUAAGAAAGUAAACAGCAUUCACUAAAUUGUGUACACACUUCUUAGAUGAUAUUUUAUUAUUAAGCUUUGUGUGUCUGUAUAUUAUUGACAGUACGCUGAAAAGAUAUACAAUCUUAUUUAAAGUAAGAUUUAAUUCUUUUUCAUCAGAUUGUGAACAAUAGCAUAUAUAUUAAAAAUACGCCAUCAAUGCUAACAUUUUCUUACAUCUUCAUAAUACUUAUCAGUUUUUUCUAAGUGCAUAAACAUUUCAUUGCAAAUCUAAUAUAUAAGAAAGCUAUACUGAAUUCAAGUUGUAAAUAAUUGACAUUUGCUACAAACAUGUUGACAUAGCUACAUCUGCUGAAUGUGAUCACCAUAUUCAUGAUAUUUGUGUUUAUACCUUAAGUUAACAAUAUGAAGGUGUUUGCUCAUACAUUCUUAAGUAUUGUGGAAUAAAUGAGUGUUUCAUAUUUCGUUUUUUCGUAAAUGAAAUUCUUGCAGUAUGGAG